GUGAAUUUCUUUGCUCUCGGUUCUCCAAUCGGAAUGUUUCUGACAGUGCGUGGAGUGGAGAAAAUCGAAGAGUCUUACCAGCUUCCCACCUGCAAAGGGGUCUUCAAUAUCUACCAUCCACUGGAUCCAGUUGCAUACAGAAUUGAACCCAUGAUAUUACCUGACAUUGAGCUGGAGCCAGUUUUGAUCCCACAUCAUAAAGGGAGAAAGAGGCUUCACCUCGAAUUAAAAGAGAGUUUAUCCAAGAUGGGCUCUGACCUAAAGCAAGGCUUCAUCAGCUCUCUGAAGAGUGCAUGGCAGACUCUGAAUGAGUUUGCUCGCGCUCACACCUCGUCUGCUCAACUGCAUGAACAGCUUGCCAUGGUCGCCAGUCAAAUCAAAGCAGAAGAGGAAAAGCAGCAAGGGGAAGAGGAGGAUAAGAUGGUCGAGGGUCCUGAACCUCAGAAGGAAGAGACACAAGUAAAAGUGGGCAUGCUGAAUGGAGGGAAUCGCAUCGACUACGUCCUGCAAGAGAAACCCAUCGAGAGCUUCAACGAAUACCUGUUUGCACUCCAAAGUCAUUUGUGUUACUGGGAAUCUGAAGAUACAGCUCUGCUUCUCCUCAAGGAAAUUUACAAGACCAUGAACAUACACCCAGAUCAGCCAGUGCACUGAUGUAAUGCUCAUUAAAACUCCUUCGUCAUCAGAAAUCACAUUACUUUGAAGAUAAAAGAACAUUUUAAACUGUUUUCAACUUGGACUGUCUUUAUUUUAUUUUCUAUUCUUGUAGUCUAUAUUAAAAUGAAUACACUUGUAUUAUCCCAUGUGUCUUAAAUUAAGAAUUUAUAAUAGUGGAUUUCAGUACCACCACAAUGGUUUAAAAUGGCAUUUUCGUAGCUUAUAGAGCUGGGAAUGUUUGAGUGCAAUUGCAAAUGGUAUUAACAAAACCUUUAUUAUCUAGCGUUAGUGAAGAAAUCACUAUGGUGUGUAAAAACUACAACCAACAAGUCAUAAUAAACUGAACUGUUAGUA